AUGUGCGAGCCGGAAGAGACCAUUCUUUUGGCACAGCUCAUUCUACAAGAAGGGUUUCGAACCAAUCCCGACCUUGGUGGGACCGAGAAGGUUAGCGUGUGCGAUCCAGCUGCCAGCUGUCGGACCAUCUAUGGCACCGUUGGCAAAUAUGCUUCGAUCCGAGAACAGGUGAUGGCGAACCGCGGCAUAAGCAUGAGUAGCGCGGCUACACGUCGCGCUCCAAAUUGUUUCCAUUUCCUACGACAAGUUGAAUGCUUGACAAGAGCUGGGCUCGGAAACGCCAAGCAGCAGUUUGAUUGGUCGAACGCAACAGCGGUGAGCAAAGCGUUUUCGAUCGGCAAGUUGGAAGCCGCAGCCGUCAGCAACUUGCAAUCGCAUGUAGAACCCAGCCUGGUGAAGCGGUUGAAGGAAGUGGUGGCAACUCGUGGCCUGAGGAGCUUCCUUGGGCACGACGUUUUUGGUCGUGGCGUGUUCAACACUGGCUGGAGCAGCGGGAGCGGGAGUUGUGAAGCUUGGGUCAGUGUGAUGACCAAUCUUGAUGAUGGUGCUCUGGCAAACCUGCUGAUUGAUCGGAUAUGUGCAGAUUAUGAUGCGCAGCCUGUGGGCAUGCGGAAGGCUUUGACGGCGAAAGAAGUGACUACCACCCACCAGCAUUGCGCAAUUUUCUUGAGCUUCCUCAACACCCUGCAGAAGACUAUUCCAAGUAGUGACGCUGCGGCGGCCAAAGAAAAGCUUACCACUCACUUUUUCUUGGGGGCUUUAGACGCAGAGCUGGGGCUUAUCGCCGAGAGCACCAUCCCGCCGGGUGAUUUGAAGAGUGUUGGGGCCUUCAGGAGCAUUUUGUCCAACCACGAGAAGAAAGUGAGUGACGAAACGGAAGAACGGGUCCAUGAGCUUAAGCAGAAAGUUUUCCAGGCUACGUUUGAGCAGCUCAAGGCUCAAGUUGAAGAAGAUUUGCGCAAGAUCCGUGCUGCCUUACCCACAAAGGCGACCCAGGCCUUAGAGACCUCCAAAGACAUGAAAUACAUUCGGGACCGCCAGCAGCAUGUCAUGGCUUUAGUGUCCUGUGACCAGUCCUUCAGGAAAGGCAACGAGUAUGUCAAGAAUUGGAUGUCCUCACAGUGCAAAAUUGCUUGGAUCAGUGUGAAGGAUGAUGCCUACGCUUCGACUACGAUGGCAAAUUCGCUCAGUGAGUUCACGAGGUAUGUGUUGUGCUCUGUGGAUGCCACGGUGUGGCCCAGCAGUACGCAGUAUUUGCUGGAUUGCUUGGCGUUGGUCCAGAAUGUGUGUUCCCUCGGGACUGCGAAUGUCUCCCACAUUCAAAUGCCGAUGUUCCACCAGGCGACUACGAUGAACGCCCUGAUCAAGCAUCGCAGGAAAGUGGAAGACUCUUUGUUGAAGAGUGAUCUGGACUUUACGCAGAGCUUGACACUCAUGUUCAGCAAAGAUGAGAGCCGGCAGGGCAUGGACAAACGUCCGCUCACGCAGUCGUGUGUGAUUGCGUUCAGUGGGAAGGCUUGCAGGUGGUUGGAAUCUGAAGCGAUCCAGUCUGCCGUGAUUGCCUCAUUGCCCCUCCUCAAGGUCAGUGAGAUGGUGGGGUACGAUCCAGACAGUGGAACACGGCCAAGUGUGGCAGCAAGAUUGGAGCAGUUCGCGGAGUUUGGGACGGCUUGCGUGCAGCGCUCUUUGGAGGAGAAGACGCCGCCCGUGCUGUACUACGGAAUUUUUCGUGAUGACAGUGGACACAAGAAGACGUUUGCAGACUUGCAAACAAGCGUUUUUCAGCAUUGGGAUGGGCUCCCAUCAUCACCGCCAAAGACCAGACCCCGCGCCAAGGCCAGUCUCCACGUGGACAACCUUUCCUUGCUGAGCUGCACAGCCACGGGGCCAGUUUGGCCAGAAGGUUUGACGGACAAGUUCCCAGCAGACUCUGCCCACCGCAAAGAGCUUGAAGCCUUGCGCAACAAGUUCCUGGAGGAGUUCCCUCCACCGAAGGACACGGCCGGUGCAGGGGCGACUACCCCCAGGGUUCCUGUUCGUCGGGUCAGUGGAGAGCCAGACUUUACCAUUGAGGAUAGUCGCCGUCCCAUCGACAUCAACCGCAACCUAGAUCCUACGCUGGAGGCCCCUCCAGCUCCUGCUGACAGGACCGCAACGGUGGCAGGAAAAUCGGGCAAACCAAGCAUUAUCAUCGACAAAGACAUGAAGAUUUGGAUCGGCAACGAAUCGGACAGCGCCAUGAGUUUGAAGCCGACCGAGCUUUUCGGGUUCAAUACUGGGGCCUUUGAGUUCAAGAUUGUCCGCGGCUCGAACAAGCGCGAUUCAAGCGGGAUUGCUUGGCGGAUCACAUCCGACCUGGACUUGAUCUCAUGGGAUAAGAAAGUGAUGCCUGUGUGCGAAUUCCUUCAUAUUUGUGCUGUUUCGCAUGGUCUCGCGGACGUUGGAAUUCCCGAGCACACCACCAGUCCAAAGCUUCACGCAGCAGCGGCUUCUCCUUAA